AUGUCCGAUCUACUUAGGGAAACUCCUGCUGGCCAGGCAAUUCGUAUACUCUCCCGAAACAGACUCCUUCGAUAUCCAGAAGAGAGACCCGACUUCGAAAUACCUCCUCAAUAUCUCGUUGAACUCAACAGAUCAGAAAAGCCAGGCGAGGUGACUGAAUCAGAUACAGUGAAAGAUGGUAUAUCCAAUGCCAAUACUCUGUUGUCGUCCUCUUCCCUUCACGAGGUUGACGACGUGGAGAGUUUGAGGCAAGUCCAGAUGGCGUCAGAUCACAGCCUCGGAGUGAGGCGAACAAAGUCUAUUCCUAUUGCUCCGCAGAAGACCUCCGAUGGAAUCAUUCUCGUCGACUGGUACACUAAUGAUGAUCCAGCCAAUCCAAAGAACUGGUCAUCAUUGAAAAAGUCAUUCGUUAUGUUCGUCCUAUGUGUGUAUACAUUCACAGUUUACUGUGCCGGUCCUACGUAUUCUAUCGCGGCAGAGCAAAUCCAAGAAUACUUUAGUGUUUCUGCCGUUGCAGCAUCCCUCGGCCUAGGAUUGUACGUUCUCGCAUACGGCAUUGGAGAUCUGCUCUUUGCACCUCUCAGCGAGAUCCCUGCUAUUGGACGCAAUCCUGUUUAUUGGGUUCCCUUCAUCGUCUUCUGGGUUCUAUCCUUCCCAGAGACCGUUAUCGAAGACUUUGGGUCCCUACUUGCCUUACGAUUUUGGCUAGGAUUCUUCGGUAGCCCCGCUCUCGCAAACGGAGGAGCAACAGCGGGAGAUUUGUUUGAUAUAUUCGAUAUCCCUUUCGGACUCUCUUGGUGGGUGCUUUCUGCAUGGGCAGGCCCUGCUUUUGGACCAGUAAUUGGAGGCUUUGCGGCACAGGCCAAUGGUUGGAGAUGGCCAAUGUGGGAGAUAGUUUGGAUGGCUUCCAUUAGUCUCAUCGCAUUAUUACUCUUCAUGCCAGAGACAUCAUCCCAGAAUAUUCUGUUGAGGCGAGCAAGACGCCUGCGCAAGCUUACAGGUGAUCAAAGACUGCAAUCCCAAAGCGAAAUUGACCAGCACAAUAUGAAGGUCUCUGAUAUCGUUUCGACCGCUCUCAUCCGACCCAUGGAAAUUAUGUUGAAAGAUCCGGCAAUAUUCUUCGUCAAUCUUUACACAGGAUUUUUCUACGGCGUGUUCUAUACUUUCUUCGAGGUCUUCCCGUUGGUCUUCCCAGUUAUGUAUGGUUUCAGUCUCAGUCAAACCAGUCUCACCUUCUUAUCGUGUUUGGUUGGCGUUGCAAUUGCACUUCUCCUUUAUUUUGCGUACCUCUACUUUUACAUGGUUCCGGAUAACAAGAAGAAUGGCCUCCGCGAGCAAGAACACCGCCUCGUCCCCGCUAUAGUCGGAGCGUUCUUUAUUACCUCAGGUCUCUUCGUCUUCGCCUGGACCUCCAGACCCGAUGUCCACUGGAUUGCUCCCCUUACUGGCGCAGCAUUAUUUUGUAUUGGUCAUUUUUGGACGAUGCAGUCACUGUUCAUCUACCUUCCUUUAUCAUAUCCAAAGUAUACCGCUUCUCUGUUUGCAGGAAACAGCAUCUGGAGAUCUGGGAUCGCAGUUGGAAGCGUGGCCUUUGCAAGGCCGCUUUUCGUCAAACUCGGCGUCGCUCGUGGUGUGACACUUCUAGGUGGCUUCAGUGUCGCUGGCAUUUUCGGAACUACUGCGAUUUACGUAUUCGGAAAGAAGCUGAGGGCUAGAUCCAAGUUUGCUGAAAGCUAA